UUAUAAUUACUCUCUAAUCAUGUUUUCCACCAUUGCUGUACCUUCCGGCAAAGCAAAUCCGCAUCGGCGGGAAGUCUCCGCCGUGCCGGAGAGCGAGGUGCUACGGAGAAGAAACGAGGAAUUGGAGAAGGAAUUGAAGAAGAGCAUUGAAAGGGAAGAGAAAAUGAGAGAGGAAUUGCAGAAGACAUGGGAGAGGCUGAGGGUGGCGGAGGAGGCGGAGGAGCGGCUCUGCUCUCAGCUCGGUGAACUUGAAGCGGAGGCUGUUGAUCAGGCUCGGGCAUACAGGACACGUGUUAUCAAUCUGAUGGAUCAACUCUCUUUGGCUCAGAAAUUUCUCGAGUCAGCUUCAAUUUCUGUCCCUAAUUUUCAAUGAUUUAAAACUAGGUGU